UAUAUGUUGUUCUUUGUUUAGUUAAACCAUCUCAUAAGAUAAAGACGCUCAUCUCCGUCUGUUGCUGGCAUACAUUUUAUCGCAAUUUUGUGUAAAGUACGUAUCAAGUGAACCGUAAUACCGGUUUUAUCUUUACCACGCGUUACUAUUUGUACUCAUGUAGUACUACUGUAGUUUAUUCUUGAUUGUCAUAGUGUGUGCAUUACUCUAACGUGUGAUACUGUGUGUAAAAAUUCUUAAAAAUGGAAUUACACGGUGAAGAUGGGAUAGAGAAAGCAAUCGGCCGCUUUGGAAGAUACCAGGCUUGGAUACUUUUCCUUAUAACAUUGGCUCGUCUGCCUGGGGAGUUCCAAUUGAGCAAUGUAGUGUUCUUGCUACCUAAGGCAGAUUACACGUGCUUGGAUGACGGCGUAAACAAUGCAACCAACUACUGUCCAUGCCAAAACCCGGAAUUUGAUACCAGCACUAUUGUCACCUCGAUCACAAGUGAUUUUCAGUUGAUAUGUAACAAAAAAUCAUGGGCAAGUCUCUCACAGUCAAUGCUGCAAGUUGGAGUCGGAGCAGGGAGCUUGAUUUACGGAUUCAUCUCUGACAGAUAUGGCCGAAGAGUAGCAGUUCUUCUAGCACUAUUCUGCAAUGCUUUAUUCGGAGCGCUGUCGUCCCUCUCCACCCAAUUAUGGAUGUUUAUGAUGUGCCGUUUUUUGUCUGGAUUCGCCCUGGGAGGAACAAUGCUAUGCUGCUUCGUCAUGAUGAUAGAAUUAAGCGGAAAGUCGUUUCGGCCUUACAUGAUGGGACUGGCCGAAAUAGCGUAUGUUUGUGGAUACAUUAUAUUACCCAUAAUAGCAUACUUUGUAAGGGAAUGGAAACAGCUACAACUAGUCACAUGUGCACCUUGGUUUAUAGUCGUCUUAUACUACUGGCUUAUACCCGAAUCACCGAGAUGGCUAAUUACUGUUGGUAAGAAAAAAGAAGCUGUUGUUGUCCUAACAAACAUAGCAAAGAGAAACAACCGGCCGGUGGAAAAUAUCGAAGCCAUUGUUGAUCAAAUAGAAGCCGAGUCAAUACCGAAGGAUCCACAACAACGAACGGGUUCCUAUGCUGAUUUAUUCAAAACUUCUAAGAUAAGAAUGUACUCAAUAUUGACUCCUUUAGUGUGGACUAGUUGUACCUUAAUAUACACUGGCAUUAACCAAUACAUCGGGCGCUUGCAAGGUAAUAUCUACCUCAAUGUUCUUCUGUCGGCAGCUGCCUUAACUCCUGCACCAGUAUUAAUAGUGAUAGCAUCUUUAUAUCUAAAAAGAAAAAUAAGCGUUAUAACUUGCUUUGCCAUUACGGGUUCAGCAUUACUCGUUUUUUUAAUUAUACCUAAAAAUAUGGAGUCGACUAUUCUAGCCUUUGCAAUAAUAGGUCAGAUAGGCGGCUUUGGUGCCUUUGUGUUAACGUAUUUGUUCACUUCGGAAAUAUUUCCUACUAUUAUAAGGAACUCUGCGAUGGGAAUGUGUUCAACGUUUGGCAGAAUAGGUGGCUUUAUAGCCCCAUUCGUGGUGAACAUUGGAAUAGAAUGGGUUUCCAUAUUAAUAUUCAGUUCUGUAGCUAUAUGUGCUGCGGCCCUAUGUUGGAUGCUUCCUGAGACAAAUGAUAUUAUAUUGUUGAAUUCUAUUGAACAAACCGAAAUUGCACACAGCACAAAAGGAAAAAAAACAAAUAAAAAAACAAUUUCGAACGAACUUCCUCUAGACUGUAAACUUCCUACUUCAUUAAAUUAAUAUAUUUUACACUA